AUGAAAAACAUUAAAAAAGCAUUUUUAGAAUCCAAAUUAGGAGGAAUGUCACUUUGCACAAAUGAAGGAAUUAGAUUCAUAGUAAAUACAAAAAAACCAUAUACUGGGGCUAUUUACGCAGCAGAAAAAUUCAGUACAUGCUCUCAAGUAGUAGAAAAUGCUAAACAAAUAUCUAUUACUUUCCCACCUCAAAAUAUUUCACCCAAUUGUGGAACUACAAUUAAAGUAGUAGAAAAUUUUAAAGAAAAUAUUUUCCAAUUUAAUUUUCAAAAACAGGACGGAAAAUUGGAAGCUUUAGUUGUUGUUUCUUUAGACGGAGUUCUUCCACAUCAAGUCACUACAGAAUGGGAUCGUUUCUAUCGAGUAUCCUGUGAUGUUAGUAUGAAUUUGGAGAAAAUGUUGGAAAAGCGAGAACAGGGAAUUGAAGGGACUGUUUUGGUUACUACUAUAUUUGAAACUAAAGAAGUAGAACCACAAAUUCUCGAUGCCGGCACUCCCCCUCCAAUUACGGCAACACUUUCAUUUUUGGACGCUGACGGACAACCAUUACAACAAGCUUCAAUUGGAGAUCCAUUAUUUAUGGUGGUUAGUAGUGAACAAGCUGGACCACAUAAUAUGAUGUUGGCUGAAUGUACAGCAAUCAGAGUUGGUGGGGAAGGAGAAGCUGUUCCCUUCACUAUUAUUGAUAAUGGAUGUCCACGUUACCCAGCUUUGUGCGGUCCAGUUGAGCAAGAUUUUGAGAAAAACAGACUAAAAGCAGACUAAAAGCAGAUCUAAUUUAUUAUAAAAAUUUAUUUAUUUAUUUGUAAACAAUUUUAAUUUUUUUACAACAUUCUUGCAUAAUUUUACCUGAGUCAACAUCAACAUUUCUUUCAACAAUAUUUUAAAAUUCCAAUUUAUAUCCUCUAUCAUUAAUUUUUCUUGAA